GUCUCUUGGCAAUAAGCUGCCAACGUAUGAAAGUUAAACGGUUUCGUUGUUAAAUAAUACUUUAUAGUGUCGUAAUUCAUUCUUUGAAACCCAAACGUGCGCUGGACUGUACACAAACUUGUGUCCAAGCUAAAGUUCCUAGUUCCCGUUUCGCUAACAGCUGAGUUAGUUGUUCAGCAUUUAGUUUGAAGUGUCGUGAUGUUUUUAUUUACAUUGAGCACACGAGUCUGAACCAGUAGUUUAUUGUAGUUUAUUGUUUGAGGAGCAUUUCUGUGGCUGUGGAGGGAAACUCAAAGCCUGCGACGUCCGACAAUAGACGCACUCCGCUCUCGAGCCGGUUAGCAUAUCGUUGCAAUCGGCUCGAUAUUUAAAAAUCAAUUCAACAACAUUUCAGACGUCAUUUUAAUUGUGUUUAUUCUUCAACUAUAAUCGAGUCCACUCUGCUGAUGCGUCCGUCCGGGACGAGUCCACUUCGGGGGACGUUAAAGCAUGUCAACAAACAAUCAGUUGCGUUUGUUUUGAGCUUCUGAAACUACAGAUUACGCUGCGACGAUAUAAUGUUGAAGGUGAUUGUUAAUGUAUUUCUCACAGAGGAACAUUGGUCUCACAGAGACGGAGUGGAUGCUCGAUGAGUGGCAAUCACAGACUGCGCAUGCGCACACAGCUCACCAAUCACUUGAGAUCGAUUCAGAGCCUCGACGGCGACGCGAUUCAAGAGUAGCUGGGGGACUCCUCUACGCCGCCAUGGCAACUAACCGACAACAACACAACAGGGAUGAUGUGGCUCCUUCAAAGCACCGCACCCUGCAGAGUGCAGUCAGUUGUUGUCACUCUUAAAAACAGAGCUGACGAGUUCAAAUCAAAAUACAAUCCAGACUCUCCGGUUUCCUCUGCUCUGCUUCUCUUGCUCUCCGGCUCUCAGGUGGGAUGGCCGCCUCCGCCCUCGGCCGGUCGGCGGCCCUCCUCCCGAACCUGGAGCCCGGCGUGGGGAAGUCUGCGGCCGCGCUGGGGUUGUCCGCCGGGCUGCGGGGAGCCGAGAUGGAGCUGCAGAAGAUGCUCAUCGACGAGAGGAUGAAGUGCGAGAACCACAGGACCAACUACCAGACGCUGAAGGCGGAACACACCAGCCUGCGGGGCGAGUUCGGCCGGGCGCAGGCCGACCUGAGGCGCCUGCUGGGCGACAGGCAGACGCAGCAGGAGAAGCUGCAGCUGCUGCUGGCCGAGCUGCGAGGAGAACUGCUGGACAAAAGCAGGGAGCUGGAGGAGCUGCGGGCGCAGGUGAUGACCCCUCAGCGGCUGGAGCUGCUCAGAGCUCAGGUGCAACAGGAGAUGGAGGCUCCAGUGAGAGAGAGGUUCAAUAAACUGGAGGAGGAGGCGGAGAGGUACCGGUCCGAGUACAACAAGCUGCGCUACGAGUUCACCUUCGUCAAGUCCCAGUUCGACCACCAGGGGGAGGAACACGCCCACGCGCUGGAGGACAGGAGGGUCCGCUAUGAAGCAGAGAUAUCUCGCCUGGAGGCGGACCGAGAGGACCUGGUGGCUCAGCACCGGGGUUCAGACCCACUGCGCGACGGGAAGCGAGUGGAGGCCCUGCUGCGGGAGAAAGCCCAGCUCCACCUGCGGCUGAAGGGCCUGGAGGCGGAGUCGGCCGAGCUCCGCGCCCAGAAGGACAACUCGGGCCAGCAGGCCGAGAACGUGCAGCGCCUCCAGACCCGGCAGCUGACGGAGGCUCAGGCGGCGGCCAAGUCGCUGGAGGCGGAGCGUCAGUCGCUGCGUCUGCAGCUGGAGCGAAUGGAGAGCGAGCUUCACGCGACGCGCGAGCAGAACAGCCAGCUGGCCGGGCGCCUGAACAAAGCCGAGCGGGAGGUCAGCGCCCUGACCUGCCAGAUGGACGGCCUGAAGCAUUCACACCGACUGGAGGCGGCCAGCGUCAGACUGGAGUGUGCUCGCUCUAAAGGGGAGCUGGAGAGAGAGAGGGACGCACUGCAGGGCCAGUUAGAGGGGCUGCAGGCGGACGUGGAGGCGUGGAAGGCGGCAGUGGAGCGACACAAGGAGGUCCUCGUGGAGAAAGAGAGGGAGAUGGUGAGGAAGGUGCAGGCCGCCCGCGAGGAGGAGUUCCGCAAAACGUCAACGCUGCACGAGGAGAAGCUGGAGGUGGAGAACCGCCUCUCUUCCCUGGAGCAGCAGAGGGCGCUGCAGGACGUGGCGGAUCACGCCCAGAAGGAGGAAGGGGAGGAGCGUCUGCGCAUCGCCCAACAAGGGGAGGAGUCGGCCCGCAGGGAGCUGCAGAACCUCAGAAGCAAAGUGCAGCAGCAGAGCUCCCAGCUGGAGGAGCUGGAGGGGCGGAAAGCGGAGAUGGCCGACCUGCAGCAGCAGAACCAGGAGCUGGGCGUGCAGCUGGCGGCGCUGGCCCACUCCCAGAGCGACUUGACGGAGAAAAACCAGCGGCUGAGAGAAACUCUGGAGCGAAGCCGAGAGGACGUCCGGACGGCCCGCGGCCAGGCGGAGAGGAGCCAGCGCGAGGAGGAGAGGCGGGUGGAGGAGCAGCGGGUGGAGUGGCUGCAGGAGAAACACGAGCUGCAGGAGCGAGACGCCGAGCUGCAGCGGAAACACGGCCGCAACAAAGAGAAGCUGCAGCGGGCGGCGGCCGCCCAGAAGAAGAGGAAGACUCUGACAGAGAGCAGGGAGAAGCGUCUGCAGGAGAAGCUCCAGCUGCGUGACGCCAGGAUAGAGGAGCUGGAGCUGGAAGCCGCCGCCGCCAAACGCUCCUCGUCCUCCGGCGAGCCGCCGCAGCUCCACAGGCGGAUGAAGGAGCUGCAGCGGCGACACAAUGAGUUCCGCCGCCUCCUAUUGGUCGGCCAGGGCACCUUCGGCGUAGGCCCCGCCUUCCCGGCCUCCUCGCCCGCCCCCUUCCCUCUCCUCGGGGCCGAGGCGCCGUCGGCCAACGUCCCGGAGGAGCAGCACCAGAGGGAGCUGGGCCUCCUGCGCCGGAGGCUGGAGGAGCUGGAGAGCGCCCAGCAGCUGCAGCUGGAGGAGCUGGGAUCUCUGGUGCAGCGAGAGCCCCCCGCCCAGCCUGACCUCUGACCCCUGACCUCUGGACUACUUGACAUUGAGAGGACGCACUUCUCGUUUCAGUCUGUGCUUCCUGACCUGGCGUCUUAGCUCCUCCCACCUGAGAGCGGAGGGAGGAGGCGCUUCAAGUCCUGGUGACGUGAAAUCUGACAAGUGAUCAAACCUUCAGCUCCGGUGUUGAUCGUUUAGAAGCUUCCAGUUAUUUACUGUCUAGUUUUCCCUUUGUUGUUGCUUCACUUUAACCAACGAGGCGUCAGAGCAGCCUCGCUCCUCCAGAUGCGUUUAAAGACCCCGGACUGGACGGGAGAGGAGAGCUCCGUGUGACGAGGGCGCAGCUGAACAACGUUCAGCCUCAGGCUUCAUCUGUGUGUCGUCAUGUUUACUUUGAAGCCUGUGUGUGUGUGUGUCUGUGUCUCUGUGUGUGUCUCUGUGUCUCUCUCUGUGUGUGUGUGGGGGUGUUUUUAUAGAGAGUUGAUGGAAGAUAAAAGACAUAAACGCUA